AUGGAUGACCUUUACGAUGAGUUUGGAAACUUCAUUGGUGAGGCCGAGGAGUCGGACGAGGGGUCUCAACAAGGCAAUGAUGCGAGCGCAUACGUCUACGAUGAAUAUCCAGAGGAGGCACCAGAGGAACCCACGGGACAGGAAUUGAUGGACCUUGAUGAUGAGGGACCUUCGAAUGCAGUAAUUUUACAUGAAGAUAAGCAGUAUUACCCUACUGCGCAACAAGUAUACGGAGAGGAUGUAGAAACUAUGGUGCAGGAAGAAGAUGCGCAACCCCUCACGCAACCAAUUAUAGCUCCGGUUGAACAGAAGAAAUUCAACAUCCAGGAGGCGGAUUUACCACCGGUACAUUUUGAUCGAAGUUUCAUGGCCGACCUCAUGAAUUACCCUGAACAAAUUAGAAAUAUUGCUCUUGCUGGGCAUCUACAUCAUGGGAAAACCGCGUUUAUGGACAUGCUGGUUCUUGAGACUCACGACAUUGCUGAGAGAUUAGAAAAAAAGACCGGCAGGAAGAAGGAUGAGCAAUUGCGCUAUACAGAUAUCCAUGUUGUCGAGCGUGAACGGGGACUAUCUAUAAAAUCCGCACCUAUGAGCUUGGUGCUUCAGAGUACCAAGGGGAAGUCGCAUCUUCUGAAUAUCCUUGAUACUCCUGGCCAUGUGAACUUCGUGGAUGAGGUUGCAUCCUCAUUACGGUUGGUGGACGGAGUGGUUUUGGUUGUUGAUGUUGUUGAAGGGGUACAAGUCAAUACAGAGCGGAUUAUCAAACAUGCCGUUUUGGAAGGUCUGCCCUUGACUCUUGUUGUCAAUAAAAUGGAUCGUCUAAUCUUAGAGCUCAAGCUACCACCUACGGAUGCUUAUUUCAAGCUGAAACAUGUCAUUGAAGAAGUCAAUACUGUGAUCGAGGCUACUUUGCCAGGUCAAGGCGAGAGCCGACGACUUAGUCCAGAAAAAGGCAAUGUUCUCUUUGCCUGUACCAGUAUGGGAUGGUGCUUCACGUUACAAUCAUUCGCAAAAAUGUAUGCAGACAGUUACGCCCCAAAGAAGAACCGAGGUCCUGGUUUGAAUAACGAGGAGAGUGGUAUUAAUGCGCACGAGUUUGCAAGGAGAUUAUGGGGCGAUAUCUUCUACAAUCCCUCAAGGAGGUCAUUUACUCGAAAGGGUGUUGAGGAGAAGUCAAAACGCUCUUUCGUCAAUUUCAUCCUGGAACCAAUCUAUAAAUUAUACUCGCAUACCAUUAGUGAGAGUCCAGAGGAUUUGAAGGAUACUCUGGAAUCACUUGGGAUAUUCCUCAAACCAUCACAAUACAAGACGGAUGCCAACGUCCUUCUGAAACUUGUCUGUGAACAAUUCUUCGGCCCAUCGACCGGGUUCGUCGAUAUGGUUGUACAACAUAUACCUUCUCCAGUGGAAGCUGCAGAGAAAAACUUGGAACGUCAUUAUACUGGACCAUUGGAUACAACAGUUGGAACGGCUAUGAAGAAUUGCGAUCAAGAUGGUCCAUUGGUCAUUCAAAUAACAAAGCUUUUGAACACAAGCGAUGCUACAGGAUUUUACUCAUUCGGAAGAGUGUUAAGUGGUAUUGCACGAGCAGGCACGCAAGUACGAGUCCUUGGUGAAGGAUAUUCAAUUGAUGAUGAAGAGGAUAUGAGUGUUGCCACCAUUUCGGAUGUGUGGAUCGCUGAAACAAGAUACAACAUUCCCACAGACGGAGUUCCUGCCGGCAAUUGGGUUCUUCUUGGGGGUGUGGAUAAUUCGAUUGUCAAAUCUGCAACCAUUGUACCUCUUGUGUUGCCUAAUGAAGAGGAGGCUUACAUUUUUAAACCUAUUACCCAUUUCACCGAGUCGGUCUUCAAGGUAGCAGUGGAGCCGAUCAAUCCUUCUGAGCUUCCUAAGAUGUUGGAUGGUUUACGAAAGAUCAACAAAAGCUACCCUCUUAUCACUACAAAGGUAGAAGAAUCUGGCGAACACGUCAUUCUAGGCACGGGAGAACUCUAUAUGGACUGUGUCCUGCAUGAUCUCCGACGAUUAUAUGCAGAGAUGGAGAUUAAAGUUUCCGAUCCUGUCACACGCUUUUGUGAGACAGUCGUUGAAACAUCAGCUAUCAAAUGUUAUGCCCAGACGCCAAACAAGAAGAAUAAGAUCACAAUGGUGGCAGAACCUCUCGACCAGGGUAUCGCUGAAGACAUUGAAAGUGGAAAGGUCAGCAUCAAAAGUCCUGCUCGAGUGAUUGGCAAAUACUUUGAGGAGAAUUAUGGUUGGGAUUUAUUGGCUUCUAGAAGUAUUUGGGCAUUUGGUCCCGACGACUUGGGACCAAACAUCUUACAAGAUGAUACCAUUCCAUCCGAGGCAAGUACAGUCCAGAAAGCACCUGUUCGCUUACCCCUUGUGGAUAAAAAAUCACUACUUAGUGUACGCGAUACCAUUCGACAAGGAUUCAGUUGGGCUGCUCGAGAAGGACCACUGUGUGAAGAACCAAUCCGCAAUAGUAAAUUCAAGAUAACAGACGUGAUAUUGGCUCCUGAAGCGAUCUUCCGGGGUGGUGGUCAAAUCAUUCCCACAUCCCGACGCGCAUGUUAUUCUUCCUUCCUAAUGGCUUCCCCAAGAUUAAUGGAACCCGUCUACUCCUGUUCCAUGACCGGACCUGCAGAUUCCGUCACUUCGCUCUACACUGUACUUGCCCGUCGUCGCGGUCAUGUCUUGUCUGACGGACCUAUUGCUGGUACACCUCUCUAUCGCGUCAGUGGACUCAUCCCUGUCAUUGAUUCCUUUGGUUUCGAAACCGAUCUCCGCAUUCAUACUCAAGGUCAAGCAACCGUUUCUUUAGUCUUUGAUCGUUGGAGUAUCGUCCCCGGUGAUCCGUUAGAUAAAGACGUUAUUCUUCGACCUCUCGAACCGGCAGGCGCACAGGCUACAGCGAGAGAUUUCGUCCUCAAGACAAGAAGAAGAAAGGGUCUCAGUGAAGAUGUAAGUGUGGCUAAAUUCCUGGAACCAGAACUCUUUGCUAGUUUGAAGGAAACGGGUAUUUUGGACGGGUAG